AUGACCCCACUAAUUGCCUGUCCUGUCAUUGAAUUAACACGAUACUCUAACAGGGUUACCAACUGGUUCAAUAACCAGUUCAUGCUGCAGUGGCCUAACCUCAAUCCCCUGGCGUUGCUUCGCGAGUUACAAUCCAAGUAUGAAAAUCAAUCGCGACCCGAGGUGGAGGCGUUGGUGGACCUCCUGCUUAGGGCUGGUGUCGACCAAGGCUACCUUACUCGCCCCUGUUUGGAUCCCACGGACCUUUCCUGUCCGAAACAGGCUCCCAAUCAUCGCGACUCGCCUCCAGACGUGGCCAGAAUCCUGUCUGCAGGCUGUCCGGGCUUCGCUUCGAACAUUCUUCACUGGCCCAGAGACAUAAUUGUUGGGGGGCGCCGUUGUUCCUCAACGCAACAUGCUGCCAACGAGAACUUUACUGUCCCCUGCUCUGAUAUGCAGCCUGAAGAGAGC